AUGAGUCUUUGCAAUUACGAGGAGGCGCGGAAACUUUUCGAGGAAGCUUUGGAACAAAUAGAGAUUGAUGUAGCUCAAGGUGACGCUGACCCAAGUGUCGUGGUGACGAUGCGCUACAGCUAUGAUAUGGUAAUACAUGGGAAAUGGAACAUCAAUACGGAGCAGUUGUUGCGGUUGAGUCGAAGACUUCGAAACUUCGAGCAAGAAUUAGUGCCACCGAAUUAUAUUAUCGAAGAAGUGGGCGAACGACGC